AUGUCGUCUUCAGUUCAAGGUCAACCAUACACUUCUCAUGCUGCCGAGUCCGACAGUGGAACCCCCUGCAGACCUAUCCGUACUAGAACCCAGGUCAAAACACCUGGAAUGGUUGCACAAACCCCAGAUUCUCGCCGUCGAAUCACCAUACCCGAUGAAGAAUGCGAGAAAGCCAACAAGAAGCGCAAAGCCAGUGCUGAAUAUCUAUUAGGCAAUGAUUCUGAUGCUUCUAGUGUUCUUGUUCAACCUAAGAAGAAAAACAAGAAAACCUCUUCUCAAUCGAAGCGUAAAGCAGAUACGGAUGCGGCCUGCCAUGAUGAUGAAGUGAGUACUCUUUUACACCUAGUUUCCUCCGUUGAACUUCAUUCCAACUUACUUCAUGCCCUCUUACUUUAG